UCAUAACCUACAAAUUCAAGACAUCAAUCAAGGAAGCAAGACAAGAUUCCAGUAUUUUCCAGAUUUUCUCGCAUUCGUUAAAAAACACAACUUGAUAUCUUACAAGACAAAAGAGUCAACAAGGCGAAGAAUAACUUACUAAGAAUUAUCAUUCCAUUCAUAUUUUCUAUCAAUCGACAUAAUCAUCGAUCAAAAUGUCUGAAAAAUUGAAGGAGUUGCGAGGUGACAUCGACGAGUUAAAUGCGUUAUUAAAGCAAGCCAAACGCAAGAAGGUGCAAGAUAUUUUGUCUCUCGAGGUCCGAAAAUUGGAAACAGAGUGGAUUUCCCUCAAAGAAAAUGAAAACUCUCAAGCCUGUCCUAUGGAAGUGUCACCUGUCCCUACCACUUCAACGCCGGCUCAAAACAAGAGAUACCAGAUAAAAUUAAAUGGAUAUGGUUGGGAUCAGUCCGACAAGUACAUCCAAGUGUUUGUCACUCUGAAGAAUGUCCACACAGUGCCAAAGGAACAGGUAUACUGCAAGUUGACAGAGCGCUCCAUGGAACUCCACGUGGAUGACUUGGACAAUAAAGAUUACCUGCUGGUCAUCAACAAACUUCUGGAGCCUAUCAACAUUGCAGAUAGCCAUUGGAAACAAAAGACUGACCGUGUUGUCAUAUUCUUGGCAAAACAGCAGCAAAAUGUGAAAUGGUCACAUAUGACAGAAAUUGAGAAGAAGUUUGAAGACCAACGAAACAACCGCUUCAAGACUGAUGACAUGGAAAAGAAAGAUCCUCAGGAGUCUAUCAUGAGCCUUAUGAAGAAUAUGUAUGAAACUGGUGAUGAUGAAAUGAAGAGGAUGAUUUCAAAGGCUUGGUAUGAAGGCCAGCAUAAAAAGAAAACUGAUACAUUAGACCUUUAGAUCCCUGGUUUGUAAGUUUAUAUUAAUUUCAUAUGGUUAAGUUUUAAGUGUACUUGUAACUACUAUUAUAAUUUUUUAUUUGAAUGCCACAAACGCCAUGUGUUUUUUGAAGUAUUAUGUUUUGUAGACAUAUAAGUCUCAGUAUCAGUCUUUCCAAUUUGAUUCCAAAAGUAUGUGAUGUGUAACCUUGUUUAGUUUAGCUAGUGUAUCAUACUUGCAAUAAUAAAAAAAAAUUAAAAAUAAA